CUUCGGCAUUGGCUGCGGGUUGCUCGUGGGCGUUCUGCUCUUCGAAGUGUUCCACAAGAAGACCGCAGAGUUCGACCUCUCGGCUCCCUUCCCGACGCUGGACAGCGUGGAGAACGAACCGAGCUGCAGUGGGGCCUCUGCAGGGUGCCGCGAAGCUGUGGUACGUCUACGUCGCGGAGGGAAAGCCAGACAGUCGCGAUGGUGUGCGUUGCUCUGAUCGUCGGGACGAUCAUGGCCAGUCAGUACGCGAACACCCUUCUGGUCUCCUGGUCGAGGGUCGGCGGAUUCUGGGGUGAGAUGGAGGAAUGGGGCAAGAGCUUGGCCAAAGGCGAUGGCAUGAGUCACCUGGAUGAGUUUCAAGUGCAGCUGCUGCACUUCCUGUUCUUCGCCUUGAUCCACCUGCUCGCUAGCGCCUACCAGGACAGAGACUGA